AUGCUUCAAGUACCACAACGUCACUACAACAGACGUUUGAUAACAAGACAUAAUCGUCAAAAUAUACGAGCAAUAUCAACAUCAUCAUUACAAACAACAAUAUCAAAUUCAUCCACAUCUUUAAAACGUUUGUCUCUACCAUCACAACAGAAGAUUACGAAAAGAACAAAAUUGGAUAUAACAUCAACAUCAUCAAAUUCAACUUCAAAUGUGUCUAUGGAUGGAUGCACGACUUUGCAAAAUCAAGUAUUAUUUUCUCUUAUGUGCAAGACGAAUUGUGAAGGCUGUGGAAAUCGUUGGAGUGGAACAAUGGACAUUAACAAACGUGAAGAUUUAUUUUUGAUCUUAUCUUUUCAAUGUUCUUCAUGUACAAAUACCAUCACCAUUGAAACAAGUCCGAAGGUUGUUGCAUCAAAUCGUCUAGAUAUUAACGUUCGAUCACAAAUAGGUGGCCAUUUAUGUGGUAUUAGAUAUGCUGGAUUAGUCAAAUUAAUGGGUGCUAUGAAUUUACCAAGUCCAAUUCAAGAUCAAAAAAAUUCCAAAUGGGAUAAAAAUUUAUUACUUUCAGUGAAAUCAUUUUCAAAUCGACAUGGUGCAGCAGCUGUCAUUUCUUGUAACACAACACCAAAAGUACUUGAUAUUGAAACAUGUAAUGUUUGCAUGGGUGCACUUGCUAUUAAGAAAUCUAAUUCAGCUAAAUAUAAUGAUGUUAUUAGAUCACAUCAAUGUGAAAAAAACUACGAGAAAAAUUUCGACACAAUAGAAGCUGAUGCUGUUCUGAACAUGUUCAAACAAUCAGUUUCUGAAUAUGGAGUUUACUACACAAAGUAUGUCGGUGAUGGUGAUUCAAAAACAUUUUCUCUUCUUUCUAAAACAAUACCAUAG